CUCUGUUCCAGUUUGAUAAUAAGGGUGAAGUUGCAUCCUUUUGACAUUGUAUAGAUAAACAAAAGAGAAAAUAUAUUUACCUUAUAAUCAAACUAUAAAAGCCACAAAAACACUUCAAUCGUGAGGUUUAAAUUGCGCAUACUUGUUGAUAACGUUACCAGUAUGCUAGUCAAGCAACAAGUAUGUGGCGAUAUCGAAAGUAGACAUACUUCAACAUCAAUAUUUAAGAAAAACAAAAAUAAUGUACUACAAUCGUAUUAACAAAGCAAGAAUUUGAAGGUCCAUGAUGGACAAACAAAUUUCUGAAAACAGGACACCUUGUAAAGUGUGUAAUUUGUCUGACUUAGAUCAUAUGUACUGCGGAACGUGUCAAACUAAGUUAUGUUGGAGCGGUGUGAACGAUCACUGCGCAAAUGACGUUCCUGAUGGACAUUAUAUCGUCCCGUUUGUAGAUCGAACAAGGUACCCCAAGUAUCAAAAAUGCAAACUCCAUUGCGACGAGAAAUGUGAAUUGUUCUGUGAACCUUGUCGUGACUCUAUCUGUUUGACCUGCAAUUUGUCACAAGAGCACAAAGGUCACAAGAUUGAGAAGGUUCUUCCUCUCUUCCAGUCCCAAACAACCUCCAUAAUGGAGGAUAAGGACGAAGUCCAAAAUUCUUUGAUUCCACAAUGUAAUGCGUUUGUGACUGAAAUAGAAAAAGAGAUAUCCAAUUUAGAGGGUGACUAUGAGAAGGUUAUGAAUUCCAUCGCAAAACAAGAAGAAGAGUGGAUUUGUGCAAUCAAACAUGUAACAACAGAAUACAAAACCAAUGUAACAAAGAACAGAACAAAACAUGAAACAAUUCUCAAUGAAAUAAAGCAGGACACAGAAAACUUGAUUAAACAAGCCGAAGAAGCAACAGAGAACAUCACAGAGAUACUAACUGCAAAUGAUGUAACCAUGUCAAUGGAUUACAAAUCUAGAAAUCUGGAACUCUCGGAUUCUCUGAAGAAAUCGAAAUCCAUCGACUUUACCGAGAUGAGGAGGAGCUAUCUUCCAACAUUUUGACCGAGAUUGCUACACAGAGAGGAAGGAUUUGACUUAUUUGGUUCCCUAUCGACUUACCGACAACGAGAAGCAUUGGUUGAAAAAACAGAGAAUGUGGCACAGGUGGCCACAUCACGACAAUUCAAUGUCAUCAAUCAAGACAUCAAAAGAGAAUCAAAAGAAACAGAGACG